GGUAAAGUGUAUUAAUUUAUAAAUUUACAUAGGUUUUAUAUCAUUUAAGCUGACAGUGCAUUUGUUCUGUUCCCGCGUAAUCUUUGAAAUCAAGAUGUUUUGAUGGCAUGGCAAACUAUGAAAUUGUUGUAUUUGAACUUCUUCUUGGAUUAUUGUACGGCUUUAGCUUUAAACUUGACAUUUCACCUUGCAGAUACAGAGGAGACUAUAAACCCAGUUCUUUUUAUGGUGUUGGAAAGCUAAUGUUCACUGAAAAUUCGAACAUAUAUUUUUCUAUUGGGAACAUCAUAUAUAUGAACAGUCUGUGUGAGGCAAAACAAUCUUAUGAAAUUCUGGAAUGGAAAACUCCAUAUCCAACAUUCACAAUCACAUCAGCUUUCAAAAUUCCGUCGUUAUCGCUUUCAUCUCAAACAUCGGAGAACUGCAUCAACAAUCAGACAGAUAUAUAUUUUAUUUGUGGAAUUAACCAAAUUCGACGAUAUAACCCGUUACAACCAAAUAUACUUUACUUUGAAGAAUUAGGUAUCAUAUGCAGUUUCUGGAAGCGGCAGAAGCUAAAUAAAUGGAUUCUAUUGGAUUUUCUACCAUUCAAUAAACAGACUAUACAUCCUGGUUUAAUUGCUGCUUCUCAUUUAGCAUCGUUUACAAACUACUUGUAUUCAACUGAUGUUAAAACAGGUUAUAGUUUAGUCGUUGCGAACGCUCAACACCAAUCUGGAUCUCAGUUAAUUGGACCAAGAAUUUAUGGAUUUGGUCCUAAACCCCAGUGUCAAACUGCCUUUGAUAUGAAUGAAUACUUAAAUCAAUAUCAACAACAAACAGACCAUCCAAAUUCUCCUAACACUAAACAAACGCGAAUUAAUGAAAGCAAUAAUUUUACUGGUGGUUGGCGGUCAAAUUCAAAUUCAAAAUUAUGGUUCGGUGAAAAUGUUCAAUUUCUUUCAGUUAACCAUAUUAACGCCAAACAUUUCUAUAUAAUAUUCACUGAACAAGAUAUAAGUCCACCUUAUACUGCUUAUGAAGGCUCACUUUCUAAAUUAUCUAACACUAUUACACGAAUUGGUCGCGUUUGUCAACAUGAUCAAGGCUUAAGCAUAUCAGCCUCUGUUCUUCCUAAUGCAGGUGGUGUGUUUACAACAUUUCGAAAGACUAGACUUGCUUGUCGUGCAUAUUCACCUUUGAAUAAUUAUAAAAAGUAUGAACAUCGAUAUGAAAACAAAAAGUAUGCACGAGAUACUAAAGAGGAACAAUUUAAUGAAUAUGAAACUAUGGGUGAAAAAAAUUACUUGGAGUUCAAUCGAGCUAUUGCUGUUAGUGAAAUUGUUCCGACAAUUAACAAAACAGAUCAUGUCUUUUAUGCUUUAAUGACUACAGUGGAUUCACUUUCACGUAUAUAUGCUCUGUGUGCAUUCAACUUGAAUGCUGUUGAUCAAAGUUUAAAUAUUGAUCAUUUAAUACGAUUGAAACAAUCAACUAAUACGCCUAGUGGUUUAUCACGUAUGGUAUGGAGAGAUGAAAAUGGCACAUAUUCAAAUAUGCUUACAUCAAAAUGGACAGUUGAUGUUGUACCACCAUCAAAAAUGACAGAUGAAAUAAUGAAAUCUUCUAAAACAUGUCCAUCACAACCAUUAUCUGAUUACUAUUCUCAAUUUGCAACACUACAUCCAUUAGUUGGUACAACUGUAUGGGCUUUAAAUUCUAUAGACGUGUCAGAGAAUCAAACAACUGAUCAACUUGAUCAUAGUUAUUUCAAACAAAAACCUGGACAAGCAUUGCAAAUUUUCACCCUGAAUAAUAUAGAUGAAAAUGUAUCUAAUGAAUCUCCAAUACAUUUUACAGUACAAUGGGAUAAUUACUUACAUAAAGAUGACGGUAAUAGCGAUAUUAUUUAUGUGGCUACAAAUAAAAGAAAAAUCUUCACAAUAAAAACUGGUAUCAGUUUACAGAAACAAAUUGUACACAGUGAAAGUAUCACCUCUGAAACAUACAUGGAUAAAUUUACCAUAAAGAAUUAUUUUAUCAAAAAGAGAACAAAUCAAAAUUUUCAAACUAUGGAUCAAUUUCAAAUUGUUGACAGUGAUUAUUCAAUUAUAUCAAUUCAUAAAUGUAAUACAAGCGAUAGAUUAUCUGUGAACAUGCAACCAGUUGGUCAUACGAAAACGUCACGACAGACAAAUAGCCUUGAUUUUAACCAGAAGACAUUUCCACAAAAUAAAAUAAUCAUCAGUUUUCAUCCUAAAUCAGUCAUUUGUGAGGCUUACUAUUCAUGCAGAAAUUGUCAAGUAUCUAAUAAUCCUAUAUGUGAUUUCAACACAACAUCGCGCACAUGCCUGCUACAUAAUCCUUCAUACGCCUACCUGAAUAUGAUGAACUCUAGUCUGUAUCACUUUUGUAAAAAUGAAUUCUUCACUAGUCAAUCAAAACAAGAUUCAUUCCGUGAUGUAACGUAUGAAUCCCACAGUAGUGGAAAUAUUUCUUCAAAAAGACAAAUUAAAAAAUUCAAAUUCUACAAUAAUGAAUUAGGACUAAUCCAAGUUGAUCAUCAGUCGACCUUACCGAUGAUAAAUACAAAAGUGAGCAGUAAUCAAAGUAAUGACAGUGAAAAGGAUGACAAUAAUAGUCAUUUUGAUAGUAAUAAUGAUAAUAAUAACAACAAUAAUAAGCUAUUGCAUAAUUAUGUAUUCGUCAUUAUUCUUGUAUUAUCAGUUUUUAUAAUAUUCAUACCACUCAGCUUAAUAUGCGGUUAUUUAAUGGGUAAAAAAGACUAUAUGAAACAAUAUAAUUUGUAUAAUAAAGUUAAAGAUAUGCUUGAUUUACUGUACAGUCAUCCGCCGCCUCCUCCUCCACAUCCACACCACAACCAGCAUAAUCUCUAUCCUUAUCCUAUAUAUUAUCACGAAGCAUCACAAUAUAACUGUGAUGAACAUCACCAAAGUCACCAUUGUCAGCAUCAUCGUCAUUCAAAUAGCAGUAACAAUCAAGAGUGUUAUCAAAAUCAUGGAAAUUGCCUCACUACUUCCGAUGUAAAUAUGAUAUAUUUGUGUGAACAAGGCAGUACUAAUAAAAAUGACAAUGCUAAUGAUUUAGUCAAUGAUCAAAUGAGACAGAGUUAUGCAACCCAAUGCUGUUUCUUUUAUGGCUGUCAUCCUCCUAGUGAAAUGUUGAAUAAAAAAACUGCAGUGUAUGACUAUGCAGUAACAGGUAGACAACAGGCGGCAUUAAAAGCAGCCACUUUGAAACACAUACCAACUUUUGAUCCUAUUGGAAAUAUACAUGUCAUCAGCGACUGUAUGCAUACUAAAGAUAUAAAGUUGAAUGAAAUAACUAAAGUUAAUAGAAAUAAAGAAUAUGUACAAAGAAACAAUACAUUUCCAACUCCGACGAAAAUCUCUUCGCCGCCGGUUUCAUCAUCAUCUGGAACAACAUCAUAUACAUUCUCUUCCUGUUAUACUAAUACCGCUACUUCAUCCUAUCACGACGUUACACCAUUUGAUUAUUUCAUAUCAUCAUCAUCACCAACAACAACUUUACCGUCUACAUCUUUUAAACACAUUCAACCGACUGUGAUACUGACAGAGACUAAUAAUAAUAAUAAUAAUACACUUCUCAGUAAUUAUUGUCAUCAAAAUUGUUACAACACUAAUGAUAUGGCUAAGAGAACAACAGUAAAUUCAAAACCGUUAAAAACAACAACAACCACAACAACAUUGUUUGGUCAUGGUGGUUUAAAGAAACCAAGAACUAACUAGUCAUCAUCAGAGUGGAAUAUUAUAAAAUGUCAUUUUAAUAUUUUCCUCUUUUUAGU